AUGGCUGGGCGGAUGACCCUUUACAAGUUGGUGGUGCUCGGAGAUGGUGGCGUGGGAAAGACUGCAUUGACUAUCCAACUCUGUCUAAACCACUUCGUCGAGACGUACGAUCCCACAAUCGAAGACUCGUAUCGCAAGCAGGUGGUAAUCGACCAACAUUCUUGCAUGCUUGAAGUUCUGGACACUGCUGGACAAGAAGAAUAUACCGCACUACGAGACCAAUGGAUCAGGGAUGGCGAAGGUUUCAUACUCGUCUACUCAAUCACAUCACGGAACUCCUUCACUCGGAUCCAGCGAUUCCAUAACCAAGUACAACGGGUCAAGGAGUCUGGCCAUCCAAACUCGCCUACAGGAACAACGUACCUGCCUGCACAGAUGAACUCAGCACCCGCAUAUUCUGGCCCAGUCCCAGUCAUGCUGGUCGGCAACAAGAGCGACAAACACCACGAACGCGAAGUUUCAUCGCAAGAAGGCCAAGCAUUGGCCAGGGAGCUUGGCUGCGAGUUCGUGGAAGCCUCAGCGAAGAAUUGUAUCAAUGUCGAAAAGGCGUUCUUCGAUGUUGUGCGCCAAUUGAGGAGGCAGCGCCAGUCGCCUACAAAGCAGUCCGGACCUGCCAAACCGCUCGGCGCUGCCAUGAACGAGCGCCCCAACUUCUACGAUGCCAACAAACCCCCGAGGAUGUAUCGCAAUGAGAAGAAGAGUCGGGCCAAAUGCGUUAUCCUGUAA